AUGCCGGAGGAAUGCGUCACCUACGACGAUCUCUUGAUGCGGAUCCGGGAUCGGCAGCAUAGCAUUCUUGCGCUACUCAUGGCUGGGACUGAUCCUAUGGCGAGCCGGGGGUUAGGCGGCAGCGCCGAGCGCACUGCGGCAGGCGCGGCGUCGCCCUCUUGUCGCGAGACACCCUCGGCCGGCUGUCAUGUUAUUAGCGGCUGGGAACGGUCCGUGAUGGGGGAGCAGGAGUUUGCGUGGGAGGAAGGGGACACCUUCUGCGUCCUGUUCUGGUACAAAUACCAGCAUCUGGCGAGUGGAAAGACGGUGUAUCAGUAUCACUUCGAUGCGAUGCUUGAUGCGCUGGGGUUUCUGGGUGAGGAGGGGAUGGAUCUUGAGAGUUUGGUAGAGGACUAG